GGAAGAACGUGGACAAGUGGCUCUGGAUGCUUGGCGCCCAUCGCGUGAUGUCCCGAGGGGAGGGUGACUGCAACGUGGUUAAAAGCAAACAUGGCAGCAUUGAGGCCGACUUCACAGCGUGGAAGGCUAGGUUCAUCUCCCGGCUACAGGCGCUCUGUAAAGGAGAGAGAAAACCCUGUGGUGGCAACUGCAAGAAAGGCAAGUGCGAGUCUAAUCAGCACGGCUCAGAGGCAAUGGAGCCAGGGUCUCACGCUCAAGAGGGAUUUCAUCAGAGAGAUGCUGAGCAGGAAGAGCCCUUUGGGAGCACCAGUGAGGAAGAGUCUGGUACUGAGGACCAUCAGAGUCUAAAAUCUGUCAUUGAUGUUGAAGACCUCGGCAAGAUUAUGGAUCGUAUGAAGAAAGAAAAGAGAGAAAAGGAGCAGCAGGAAGGGGAAACUAGUUUGAUCAGGAGCACAGUGAAGAAUGAAGCCGGUGAAAGAAGAGCUAUGAUAACUCCUGCUCUCCGAGAAGCCCUUACUAAACAAGGUUAUCAGUUGAUUGGGAGCCACUCGGGGGUGAAGCUUUGCAGGUGGACAAAGUCCAUGCUCCGAGGGAGAGGAGGUUGCUAUAAACAUACGUUCUAUGGCAUUGAAAGCCAUCGUUGCAUGGAAACUACCCCGAGCUUGGCGUGUGCAAAUAAAUGUGUCUUCUGUUGGCGGCACCACACCAAUCCAGUGGGUACUGAAUGGCGGUGGAAGAUGGACCAGGCUGAAAUGAUCUUAAAGGAAGCCAUUGAAAACCAUCAGAACGUGAUGAAGCAGUUUAGAGGAGUGCCAGGUGUCAGAGAGGAACGCUUUGAGGAAGGAAUGACAGUAAAGCACUGUGCAUUAUCCCUUGUGGGAGAACCCAUCAUGUACCCAGAAAUCAACAGGUUUUUGAAGCUACUCCACGAGCAUAAAAUCUCCAGUUUCCUGGUCACAAAUGCACAGUUCCCUGCGGAAAUCAGGAACCUCAAACCAGUUACCCAGCUAUACGUCAGUGUGGACGCCAGCACCAAAGAGAGCCUGAAGAAAAUUGACCGCCCGCUCUUCAAGGAUUUCUGGCAAAGAUUCCUCGACAGUUUAAAAGCCUUGGCUGCAAAGCAACAACGUACUGUCUAUAGGCUGACUCUAGUGAAAGCAUGGAACGUGGAUGAACUCCAGGCCUAUGCCAAGCUGGUGUCCCUGGGGAACCCUGACUUCAUCGAGGUGAAGGGUGUUACCUACUGUGGAGAGAGUUCGGCAAGCAGUCUUACCAUGGCCAACGUGCCCUGGCACGAGGAAGUGGUGCGCUUUGUCUGUGAGUUGGUGGAUCUGAUCCCCGACUAUGAAAUUGCUUGUGAACACGAACAUUCCAACUGCCUCCUGAUAGCUCACAAGAAAUUUAAGAUUGGCAGAGAAUGGUGGACGUGGAUUGAUUACAGCCGCUUCCAGGAGCUCAUCCAGGAAUAUGAAGACAGUGGUGGAUCCAAAACUUUCAGUGCCAAGGAUUACAUGGCCAAAACUCCUCACUGGGCGUUGUUUGGUGCCAGCGAAAGAGGCUUUGAUCCCAAGGACACAAGAUAUCAGAGAAGGAACAAAUCAAAGGAUAUUUCUGGGUGUUGAGAUUAUCUGAAUUUAGGAUACCGAAGGACACAAACUGAUUGCCCCAGAAGGUUCUCAGACUCCACUGUGAUUUUUCCAAGGACAAAUUACACAAAUUAUAUUUCACAUAGAGAAGGGUGUAAGGGGACGCAAGUCACAUCCUUAGGCUCAGGAGACAGCAGCCACGCUUUGAGCGCCUGGGACUCAGCCUCACCGUCUCUUUCCAGAACUCAGUCCCUUUUCUGAGUUUACUUCUGAAAGAAAAUCGUUUUGAGGGGGAAGUACACAACCUUUAUUAGUUUUGAAUUAUAAUUAGGAAGACUGCCUAGAAUGCCAACCAUGGGAGUGUCGUGCAGAGUGAAUUUCUGUUCCUCUUCCCCCGUCAUGGGCUGUUGGCCUUUGUCAGUUGUACUACCCUGAGGUCAGUGUAUCUGCUUCCUCUAAGAUCUUCAUCCCUUUCUUACAUCUUAAGAUAACACUUCCUGAAAGUAAUCU